AUGGCGUACAGAGAGAUAAACUUUUUCAAGGGACAUCCAAGUUCGAGACUGCUGCCUCGAGAGGCAGUGAUCCAGGCAACUGCGGCUGUACUGGGUCCCGAGACAAGAGAGUACGACGAUGACCCCUAUAAUAGGCAUCCAUUGACGUAUGGUUCUGAUGAAGGUGCGCUGUGGGUGCGUGAGCAGAUCUGCACAUUUUUGAACGAUCAAGUGUUCAAGUUCGACGACGGGGCUCGGACGAGGACACAAGUGGACCAUUUGAAUCUGAACAGCGGGGCUUCGUACGGGAUGCUGAACAUCCUUCUACAAACGACCUUGCCGCAUAAUGGGUACACUCGACAGGCGUUCAUCAUUACGCCAACGUAUUUCUUGAUCAACGAUUGCUUCAGGGAUGCCGGAUUCAAGGGCCGGAUAACUGCUAUCAACGAAAAGAGCCACGACUCGAUUGACUUCGAGUCGUUGGUUGCCGCCCUUGACCACCACGAGGGGGAAUCACAGCCCGACAGUACGACAGAGAUCAUCCAGGGUCCAGCGCUGACCAAGAAAAUCUACAAGUAUGUGUUGUACUGCAUCCCGACUUUUGCGAACCCAUCGGGCAACACGUACUCGUUGGAGACCAGGCGCAGACUCAUCGACAUUGCUCGCAAGUACGAUAUGCUGGUCAUCAGCGAUGACGUCUACGAUAUUCUAGAUUACACAACGCCCUCGAACGAACUGGCUUCUCCACCCCUGAGAAUGGUACACAUAGAUAGAAGCACAGCGCCCUUGGGGCAGGCUUCGUUUGGAAAUACGAUCUCCAACGCGACUUUCUCUAAGCUCAUCGCCCCCGGGCUCAGGUUUGGGUACCACGAAUCUAUAAAUUCUAACCUCGCCAGGCAGCUGUCCAAAGGAGGAGCGAAUGUGUCUGGUGGAACACCCUCACAACUCAACUCCAUGAUCGUGGGUGAGUUGCUGCGUAGUGGUGCCGCCCAGAGGUGCAUUGCACAUCUGAGGUCCGUGUAUGCUGAAAGAGCCGCUAUUUUGACUGCAGCGCUCAAAAAAUGUAUGCCACUAAGAACCGAGAUUACACCGGUUAAGGGCGGCUAUUUCACCUGGGUCACCUUGCCUCCAGCGUACAACGCCGUGGAGAUAUCAACUGUUCUGGCCAAUAAGUUCAAUGUCAUCCUUGCCAACGGUUCGAACUUCGAGGUCAUCGGCGAUGAGAAAAACUGGGGUCAGUCAUCCUUUAGGCUAUCCAUUAGUUACCUAGAGGCUGACCAGAUUGAAAGAGGCAUCGAGCUCCUCGGUGCAGUUUGCAAAUCUUAUGCGACUACCAACAACAUAAUUAUGUAG